AUGCAUUGGAUUUCUUUGAUCAGUUUUAUUAUUAUUAUUAUUAAUAUUUGUCAAGUACAAUCUGCUUUAUUAACAGAUUCAGAAACAGAAAAUAUCAAAGAAGAUGGUACAUUUCAAGUGGAAUUAGAUAUUGAUAAUACGGAAAUAUCUGUAUCGAAAAAUACUGUCGAUGGUUCAGCUCAUGAAACAAGUAGCGAUAUACCACUUGAAACUUCUGUGACAUAUGUGACAGAUGAACGAAAUGCAUUAAAAUCUAUAAUCAAUAAUGGUAACAAUAAUUAUGGUUAUAUGAAUUUAUCUUUUAUUAUUACUGCUCUUAUGGUAAUAGUUCAUUUUUAA